GUCGUCCAUUACAUCUUUUUUUCUUGUCUUUACAAGUAGAGAGAGAGAGAGAACAGCGCAAUGCUUUUAUUUUGAAAAGCAGGCCGGGAACUGUAUUCUGCCAGUGUUGUUUCAGCAACGACAGUUUUACAGCGGCGUAACAGCUCCACAUUAAAACAGUGUGCAUGUCAUCACACCAAGUGUUGCAUAAUGAAACUGAAGCUUCGAAUUAACAAGCAGUCUUGCAGAAUUGAUGUACCUGGACCAGAACCAAGUCUGACCGACCUUAUUAACCACAUCAAGGAGGAGGUCUUGAACUCAGUGGGACUCAGUCCAGAAACAGACUUCAGUCUGUCUCUGAAUGGUUCUGAAGUCUUGACUGAUACUGGACAAAAUCUUUCUUCCUGUGGCAUUGUCUCUGGAGAUCUUCUCUACGUGAUUCUGCCAAGCACCGCUCUCACCGACGGAGCAGCUGUCAGUGCGGCAUUGCAAGCUGGACCUGACUUUCACAUGUCCUUCGGAGCAGACAACCCAACCCCACUGGGAGCCGCUGAUUCAGAGGAGGAUAUUCCCUCGCCAGAUCAACAACCAUGCUGCAGCACCGCUCCUCUGGAAUAUAUGGAGGCGUCAGCCCCUGUUAACUCCGUUUCUCUUUGGUCUUUGGGUCCGAUGAUCUGCUCUGAGGCGACUACUGGCCAGGCCCCUUUCCCUCUAGAACUCCUGUAUCAAAGGACCAAUGUCAACAACCCCAACGAAGCCAUUGUGGUGGUGAUGAACAUUCUGAUGUUGGAGACUGGCUUCACUGGAUUCGCUGCGAGCUCUGAUGAAAUGCCGGAUGGCUGGAGGUCAGUGAGUAAAUUCUACAAACUGUCCUUCCAACAUCAGCUUUGUAACAACGCGCCGACCGUGCUGGUCGCCGUCCCAAUCGGCCCCUUGCUCUUCGUCAACGUUUCAGUUAAAGUCAUGUCCACUGACAUCAGCCGCAAACUCAGUUUGGAGGCCACCGACUACGUGACAGACAAGUGGCCAGGGAAAAGUGCGGCUGCAGCUUACAAAGACCUCCGGAAGUUGUCUCUGUUGUUUAAGGACUCGUUGGUGUACCCACUGAUCGCAGCCACGAGAGAAGCUCUGUGCUUGCCAGCGGCUUUUGGCCUGACUUUAGUUCCUCCUGAGGUCCUCCUGCGCAUUCUCAGAAUGCUGGAUGUGCAGUCACUGGUCCGGCUGUCGGGGGUCUGCAAGCACCUCAACACCUGGGCGUCAGAUUCCAUGUUGUGGAGAUACAUGUGCUACAGAGAUCUCAAAAGGUUUGAUCUUGAUGGCAGCAGAAACCCAAACUGGAAAGAGGUCUACAAAAAAAAUUGCACAAGAAGUUUUCAUAGAUCCACUGCUGAUAGCCGCUUCUUCUUUACUGAUGGGAGUCUGAUCCCACCGUUUCCAUUCAAUGAGGAACUGGAGCCCCGUGACCCGAUUUACCACCCGCCUCCAUUUCAACCACUGUGGCCCUUUCCAGACCCCUUCCAGCCCAUUCCCAAUCCUCUUCGUCCUCUGAUUGACCCCUUCAACCCCCUUCCUCUUCGCCCUCGCAUAGACUUCAACGACGCUUUCCCCAAUCGCAUCAGACCACCAUUCUCCGACGGCCAACGGGGACGAGGACACCCGUGGCACAGACAAGGAUUCAGAUGAAUAAAUACCUGAGGGGCUGGUCCUGACAAUUUUGAGACUUUUUAAUAAAAAGAUGGCAAGAUAA